CGUAGCGCGCAUGCGUGGUACAGGUCAGGGCUGGGAGUGUAGUGCAGUGUAUUUGACAGCGCCUCUGGCACAUGACCGAACCAUAAACAAAACAAACACUGAAGCCGGAACUGCGAUUAAUUAAUCAAUAAACUGGAUCAAAUGGAAGCGGAUUAGUUUGAAGCGGAUUAGUUUUGUUAUGGAAGCGUUCUGCGCUGUAAAUGUGGAUGAAUUCGGCGCCUGGAGCGAGCAGAGUGAAGUGGAAGAAGAGAGCCGGCGGUCGGAUCAGGCCUGAACCCGGGGACACCUGUGAGCAGGAGGCGCUUCACCAUCCUCCUCCUCCAUCUCCUCCUCCGCGGUUCUACCACCUGCUGGUCCUUUUCUCUCCGCUCCUGGGGCUCUGUUCAGUCCUCAGGCUGCUGGUUUCGCACCUGUGUGCGCUUGUAGCCCGGGUCUGCAAGCCCAUCCGCCGCAUUAUGGCGACCAGACCGAGGGAGGCGGACGGUCGGGACUCGGAUGCCGCCGGAGAGCUGAUUAAAAAACACCACAAACAGGCGUUUGAGUUCAUCUCAGUGGCGCUGCGGAUCGACGAGGAUGAGAAAGGACACAAGGAACGGGCAGUAGAGUGGUACCGUAAGGGCAUCGCUGAGCUGGAGAAAGGUAUCUGCAUUGAGGUUACAGGAACCGGGGAGAAAGCAGAACGAGCCAGACGACUACAGGAUAAAAUGAACAACAACCUCAUUAUGGCCAAAGAUCGUCUGGAACUGCUGGCCAAGCUGAGCCCAGACUCCUCGCACACUGACAGCAUUAACUCGCCUCUCUCCAACGGCAGCCUCCGCUCAGCCGGUGGUGUUGUACCUAAGAAGACCGACGCCUCUUCAUCUCUGGUGAAGGUAAAGCCUGCCAGACCUUCCACCAGCGCCGCCCAGCGCCCAACCAGCUUCACUACACCAGCUUCAGGACGAACGGGACCCCAAUCCAACCCCAAGGCUCCAGCAGGUCGGGGUGCUGCCAAAGGGAACGUUAAAGCCAGCGCUGCUCCUUCGUCCACUCCACAGAGGAAGAGAGACAUGAAGAACUUUAAAAACGUGGACAGCAAACUGGCCAACCUCAUCCUCAAUGAGAUUGUGGACAGUGGCUCAACAGUGAGGUUUGAUGAUGUAGCAGGUCAGGAGUUGGCCAAACAGGCGCUGCAGGAGAUCGUGAUCCUGCCGGCACUGCGGCCUGAGUUGUUUACAGGGCUGAGAGCUCCAGCGAGAGGACUGCUGCUGUUCGGGCCUCCUGGUAACGGGAAGACCAUGCUGGCAAAAGCUGUUGCCAUGGAAUCCAAUGCUACCUUUUUCAACAUCAGUGCUGCCAGUCUGACCUCCAAAUACGUUGGUGAAGGUGAGAAAUUGGUACGUGCUCUGUUUGCUGUUGCUCGAGAACUGCAGCCAUCAAUCAUCUUCAUUGAUGAAAUAGACAGUCUCCUGUGUGAAAGGAGAGAAGGAGAGCACGAUGCCAGCAGGAGACUGAAGACUGAGUUCCUCAUCGAGUUUGAUGGGGUACAGUCAGGAGGAGAUGACCGGGUGCUGGUGAUGGGAGCCACAAAUCGUCCUCAGGAGCUGGACGAGGCCGUGCUCAGGCGCUUUGCAAAGAGGAUUUACGUGACCCUACCCUCAGAGGAGACUCGGCUGAAGCUGCUGAAGAAUCUCCUGGGUAAACAUGGCAACCCACUGACGCAGAAAGAGCUGAAUCAGCUAGCCAAGAUGACAGAAGGUUACUCGGGCAGUGAUCUGACCUCCUUGGCUAAAGAUGCUGCACUGGGACCCAUACGAGAACUUCGUCCAGAGCAAGUCAGGAACAUGGCAGCAAAUGAGAUGAGGAACAUCCGUUUCUCGGAUUUCGCCGAGUCUCUGAAGAAGAUCAAGAAGAGCGUCAGUCCUCAAACUCUGGAGCAGUAUGUACGCUGGAACCGCGAGUACGGAGACACCACCGCCGUAUGACACGCACAAGCAAGCACUCGACUUUACAUGACCUCUGGACUGUGGCCUUUAGACAUUCGUGGUCUUUUUUCCAAAUAAAUAAAGCAGACUGUUGUUAUUUUUUUACGCCGGGAGCAGACGCUUCUGAACGAGAGCUUGUGCUUGAGCGCACACGCGAUUUGGGAGACGUCGCUCACAAGGACUCAUUCGAUUCACGUAAAUCGGCGAUGAAGGAAGAAAAGAUGAUCGCUUUCUUUAUCAAGUGUUAACUUGACAGAAGAAACGAGGCUGCUUCCACGUUAUACAUCGCACCUCGUCAGGUUUUGUUUUUUUUUUUCUUACUGCAUGCUCAAGACAAGAAUCAACAGAAGUUUAGGUUUUGAUUAUUUCUCCAAGUUGAAAGACGACUGGAACGGUGACAUCAGUGGUUGAUUGGUUAAUGCACACUGUUGAACUGAACAUGGGAAAAGUACCGAGGUUAACACUUUUGUUUUUUUUCCUGGCUGUUUGAAUAAACGUACGUAAUGACAGAACGGCUCACUGAUGACGGGUUUUUAAAUUUCAAUAAUAAAGACAAAAUUACAAUCAUUCUAAUAUCACUGAUAUUCUGAAAUACUACUACACAGGGUUAACAAACCCACGAGUUACGGGUAAACGAUCUGCAACACGCAGUGUUAGUAGCCCCGCCCCCCCCAAAGAUGCGUCUGAUGGGUCUUUGAACCCGUGCCUUACUUUUUUUUUUUUCCUUUUGGCAGUUUCUUGAUCUGAAUAUCAGGCUGUUAGACUGAGGCGUGUAUGCUGUGUUUCGAGACUGACCGUGAUCUCACUUCCUGUAUGAUUUUUUUUUUUUUUGUACAGUUUGAUGUGACUGUAUUUCAGAAUAAUGUGAAUAAACUCAGUAAUAUGGCCAAUAAAUCUUACCGAAUUGUAUGAAAUCAGAACGGUCAAGUCCUGUAUUUAAAGCAAUAACUUGUCAACUCAUGUCACACUAGAGUGGUGCUUGAAAGUUUGUGAACCCUUUAGCUAUAUUUGUGCGUAAAAUAAACGUGACCUAAAACAAUCAGAUUUUCACACAAGUUGAUAGAGAACCCAAUUAAAGGAAAAGGCAACUUUUGUACAAAAUCACCACAAAUAGAUAGAUAAAUAUAUAAAGUAACCGAUCAUGGAAUUUAUAGAGAAAGAACAGACCGCAUAACAGUAUCUUUUAACUUUUAAUAAUAUGGGCUUGCGCUGAGCUCAGCGAAGACGCGUUCCGCCAUAUUGAUCUACUGCGUGACGUCAUGCGGCCCACCACUGAAAAGAACUCUUCAGUGCUUCAUGGUAAUAAGGUAAAAAACCAGUACAAUCGCUUCUUCAAAGUUUCACCAAAUGGUUUUAUUUAUGCAACUUAAAGCUCAUAAUACUGUAGAACUUUGGUCGAGUUCUACAAAAACACGGAGCAAAAACAUGGCUGAAUCCUGAAUGACUCCUAUUUGGAUUUGUCCUACCAAGCCUACUGCGCAUGCGUGAAGCGGCUCGGCUCGGUUUUCCCUUUCGGGCGCUCUCGUUUUCUGUUAGAAUUUGGUAAAGAAAAAAAUAAAUAAAUAUUAUUUACCAGCUUACCGGGUCCAUGAACAUAAAUCUGACAGCUGACAAGGUCGGGAUAUAAACGAAUCGAAUACAAGCCACCCGCCGGGACUCCUAAUCACAGUGAUCUGUCUGUAAACACUGUUUUCAUGGGCCCAGUGACGUCACAGAUCAGAGGGAGGCGCAUUAACGAAAGAUUCUGAUUGGUUUAUAGUUGCCCACAAUCUCAAAAUGGCUGCCUCCUCCAACUUCAACUCCUCUGUGUCAAUUCAUGAUUUCAAAGUUAAAAAUAUUUUUUCAUGUUCGAUAUAUAAUGGAAAUAAUUAACGGAAUUGAUUACGUACAUGUUUUUCUCCUAUUACACACACUGUACAAAAGUUGCCUUUUCCUUUAAACAAAGAUUUUUGUCGUCAAUUCACUAUAUAUCCAGGACAUAUAGGAGAAUCAAAAUGCCGUUUCUGUCUCACCUUACUUAUUAAAAAUAUACACUCUAAAAUCGGGCGGCACGGUGGUGUAGUGGUUAGCGCUGUCGCCUCACAGCAAGAAGGUCCUGGGUUCGAGCCCCGGGGCCGGCGAGGGCCUUUCUGUGCGGAGUUUGCAUGUUCUCCCCGUGUCCGUGUGGGUUUCCUCCGGGUGCUCCGGUUUCCCCCACAGUCCAAAGACAUGCAGGUUAGGUUAACUGGUGACUCUAAAUUGAGCGUAGGUGUGAAUGUGAGUGUGAAUGGGUGUCUGUGUCAGUCCUGUGAUGACCUGGCGACUUGUCCAGGGUGUACCCCGCCUUUCGCCCGUAGUCAGCUGGGAUAGGCUCCAGCUUGCCUGCGACCCUGUAGAAGGAUAAAGUGGCUAGAGAUAAUGAGAUGGGAUGACCAGCAGGUGUUGAAUGGGUGUCUUUGUUUUAUUAAAGUUGAACCGGGUUCUCUUUAUCUAUCUACUUUUUAGGACUGGUGAAAAUCCGACGGUCACAUUUAUACAGAAAUUUUUUUAAAGGGUUCAUAAACUUCCAAGCACCACUGUAUGUAGUGUGUGUGUAGUACUUACUGUGUUUUUAUUGUAAGAGUCAGAGACCCUACCCAAUACUGUAAAAUCUUAGGAAUUUUGUGAUCAUUCGUUUGUAUGUUUCUGCAGUGUCGAUUAGGUUCCAGCAGGGGGCAGCAGAUGCAAAGCAACUCUAUGGGUCACUGCAAACUAAAGCAUGAACUGGACAAAAAAAAUAAAAAUUACAAAUGUCAGAGAAGCUUAAAA